AUGGCUCCCGCUGCGAUUGAAGGCUCUUCUCUAGAGAUCGGAUUGGUGAUGUCUGUGUCGGAUAUGUAUUGGAUCAUGUUGAAUACAACGUGUUUCCCUAUGGCUCGCACUGCUAGAUCUGGUGAACCUGACAAGCGGGUAGAAUAUCCUGGAUUUUGUCAGCAAGUCACGCGAGGAGAACGACCGGAUGGUCAACUCUUUGCACGUCGUGUGCCUUCGUCCGCAGGUGUUUGUCUUACCCCAUUCCAACAUCGGCUCAUCUCUCGAGACGCGCGACAUAGAAUGACAGGCGCAGGAGCUAAAGCUAAAGACACCCUCCAUCUGUUCGAUGACUUCCCGCUUCCAGAGGAUAUCUGCAGGGUCUUUACCAGUCUAUCCACCCCUACCGGCAAGCCUUUGGUGGAUGACACUGUCUCCCUCUUUGGCGCUGCUUUGUCCACUCUAUGGCAAAACCACUAG